GAAAAAGCUGAGGUGCUGCCCCGUCCGCGCCAAGGAACUCCAGUUGACAGUUGAUCAGUGGAAGGGCAGGACGUAUACGCUCCCACGGAUCCAGGAUGACGCGGCAACGGAAAGGCGGUCAGUUCGGGGCGCUGUUGCUCCUGUUGGCGGUGACUCUCCACGGCGCAUCCUCCCUGCCCACCGCCUCCCUCGCCGACGUCCUCGCUCGGGCACGCCACCAGGAGGCGCCUCCCUCCCGCCGCCUGCAGGUUCUUGACUCCGAAACUUCAAGGAAAAGCUUCACCGGGGUCGAACCGAAGCAGGCGGGAGAGAAGGCGACGAAGGAGGCAGACGAGGCGGAGGAGGAUCAUGUGGAGGGCCUCCUGGAGUACCUGGAGCUCGAGACCCUGGACGCUCAGGACCCGAGGAUGAGCUCUCCUGAAGGGCUGACGCUCCUCAGUCACUCGGGCAACGCGCUCACCUUCACGAGGGGGACGGGCGGCCGCGUGAGUCUCAACGGAGCGCCGGUAGAGGGCGUGCAUACCCUCCCUGACGGGACCGAAGUGUAUACCUUGGAGCGCUUCCUCGAGGACCACAAGGGGCGUCUCGAUGAGGCCUUCAGGUUCUUGAGCCAGCAAGCCAAUCGACUCCAGCCUCAAGGAAGGAAUCUUGUGGCUGGCCAUUCCGCCAACAACCAAGAAAAAACGGAAUCCGCGGAAACAGCGUCUCAGUUGCCUCGCCCUCUACCGGAAGCUGAAGUCCUUAAGUCCCGCGUGGUGGUCAGCGAAGUCACGGAAAUAUCGUCGGAGAUCUCAGCCCCGGUGACUUCCAUCACGCUUACGAAAUUCUCGAUGUCCUCUCUCUCGGAUAAGCCGGUUCCCGCCUCGAAAACCAGCUCGGCGUACGAUACGGCGUCACCCAAAGGCACCAACGACGUGGAGCCGAAGUCGGUGACAGAGACGUUCUCUGGUCCUCCGGCAGAAGAGGAACCGGCGCCACAGACGGAAAUUCCUGUGAAAACCUCGACAGUCGAGGCAGAUCCUGUAACAGAUUUCGUCUAUGAGCCCUCGCCAGAAGAGCCCAUACCUGUGACGGAAUCUGUGUUCGUAAGCCAAGUGGAAUUCGAAGGAGUCACAGAAGUGUUUGAGCCUGCAGUGGCUGAUAUAGUUCCAGCAACAGAGGCCGUGUGGGACCCAUCCAUAGAGGAAGCCAGUGCCGUAACGUCCAUUUCAAUGAAGUCUUCGUCCACGGAUCUUGAGCAACAAUCUAAAACCCACACUGAGUCAUCAGUGGUUAUCCCAACGACAGGGCCAACAGUGGACUUGAAUCCACAAACUGAAACACUUUUUGAAACUGCGUCACCUGAUCCCGUAGAUGAAGAGGAACAGUCAGGUCUCUCACCGCAUGUUCUCAUCCCCGUUACAGAGACUCCAUUUGAAGUUUCGUCAAUGGAACCGGAACCAGUUACUGAGACCCUGUUCAAAUCUCUGCAAAAGCCUCUUCCAACAACGGAAUCUAUGGACGAAUUAUCUCAGGACUUCACGCUGGAGAAUGAAACUGACUCUGAAAAGCCAAGGGCCCCUGUUGCUGUACCAGAGACAGAAGUCCCCACAACACCCAUGCUAGAUACAGAGUUGUCAUUCGAUAGUCAUGAAAAUAUUAUUCCAAGGACAGAAAUUCCACUUGGGGGUUUUGCAGAAUCUCUUCCAAAGACUAAGAUUAGGGCUGAGGCACCUUUAGAAACCCAUCCAGAAGAAAUCCCUCAAGUUGAAGUCGUUACUAAUCUCUCACCUUUGGAUUCCAUAGCUACUGACAACACUCAUACAGGUGUUACGGUUGAGGCAGAAACACGAAUCACAAAGGAUAAUGAUACAGAGACACCAGAGGCACUCAGUCACUCUCUGGACAUUGUAGGAAAAGAACAUAUCCUGCCCCAAGACACAUUGGUCGAAAGUGUCGACUAUGAGGAUCUCCUGGCAGAGGUGCAACAAAAUGUUAUACCACUUAUACCUGCAGCCACGGAGGAAGUCGACAUCGCUUUGCUGGACGUAUGGAAGGAAGCUCUCAGCUACAGUGAAACUAACUCAUCAGAAGCAGAAAUAGGUGUUCCUAGUAUUAUUCUGUCUCCUGAUUACUUCACAAUGGUGAACUUAGUGCCCCAAGAUGCCCCACAUCCACUGUUUGGAGACACACCCGAAGCCACAGCUCUGCGUAAGGAAUUCCUCCUAGACUACCUGGUCUUGGAGCCUUUCGACUUCCAGGAUCCUAGAAUGAUUCAACCUGAAGGACUCGCUGUUUCCAAUCUCGGAGGGAAGGAGCUCGUAUUCUUUGUGGAUGAUAAUGACAACCUGACCAUUAAUGGGGUAUUGGUAGAAGACUUCAACGUCUUAUCUGAUGGGACAGUGGUCCUCACCCUGUCAGACUUCCUUUUUGAUCACCGCCAUGUGGUUGAUGAGAUCCUUCACGCUCUUCCAAGAACGAACGAAGGAUUAUUCGCCCAGAAGCAUGAACUGGUGUCUGUUCCUGAAGUGACAAGUACAAGUGAAACAUCAAUAGCUAUAGAGAUCGAAGAAGAAAACACAGAUACGGCAACGGAUACACCAAGUACAACAAGUUUACCAGUUUCUGUCGCAAAAGCUGUGGUUUCUAAGGACUCCUCCUUAAACGAAGUAACGAAUCCUACAGAGCCAGUCUCAGGCAAAGAACCAAGUCACACAACAGACAAGACAUCGGAAGUAGAAGAAAUUUCCAUUGGAACCGAAAAGCCUGAUCCUAUUGAAGAUGUUAGCACCACAGAAAUCCCACAGUACCAGACAGAAGAACAGGACACAGCAGGACAGGCUUUUGAAUCUGAAGAACUCACAGGUCUCACAGAGCCUAAGCUGACAGUCCCCAGAAUUCCCCAGCUCGUUGAAGAAGGAGAGUCCUCUUCACUCCUGAACUUAUGGCGUCACGCACUGAGACACCAGGACGCUGCCGCUACACUCAGAGAUGGUAGAGAGCCAAAGACCCUCAUUUCUCCUGACUACUUUAUCGUCAUGAAUCUGGUUCCCCAAGACGCCCCUCACCCUCUCUACGACGACGCCCCCGAGAACGAGGCCCUACGGACGGAAUUCCUACUCGACUACCUGGUUCAGGAUCCGAUCAAUGUUCAAGACCCUGAAAUAUCAUCGCCUGAAGGAAUCAGUGUGACCAACCUUGCCGGGAAGAAGUUGACCUUUGCUGCCGAUCCACAAGGCAAGAUCAGCAUCAAUGGCGUCCCGGUGGAGACGGUGGAGAUCCUCGAAGACGGGACGCAGGUCUACACGGUGGAGGAUCUGCUCUUUAGCCACAAGGCUCGGGUGGAUGAAGCUUUCUUCCACCUCGUCAGCCAGCCUGCCGAGUUUGGUCCGCUUGGCGAGCCCUUGGAUAUCCCUGAGCCUCCUACUCCUACGAAGGACUUCUCUGACACGCCCCUGCCAAGGAUUCCUCACCAGGUGGAUGCCGAGGACUCUUCUUCGCUCCUCAGUCUCUGGCGCCAUGCCCUCAGGGAGCAGCAACCCUCCCUGGCGUUCAAGGAGGACACAGUCCCCAAGACUAUCCUGUCCCCUGACUUCCUCGAGAUGGGCAACCUGGUCCCUCAAGACGCCCCUCACCCCCUCUACGACGACGCCCCUAAGAACGUGGCCCUCCGGAAUGAGUUCCUCUUGGAUUACCUCGUCCGGGAUCCUAUAAACGUGCAGGAUCCUAACAUUAGUUCCCCGGGAGGCAUUAGCGUCACGAAUCUCGCGGGACACCAGCUCUCCUUCGCGGCGGAUGCGGAAGGUAAACUCACCAUCAACGGCGUCCCCGUGAAGAUGAUCGAGAUUUUAUCCGACGGGACGCAGGUCUACACCGUGGCUGACUUCCUGUUCGAGCACCGGGCGCGGGUGGACGGGGCCUUCCUGCGCCUCGUCAGCCAGCCCGCCCGCUUCGGGCCUCUCGGCCAGCCUCUCGACAUCCCGACGCCAACCGAGCCUCCUGCCGAAGUCCCCAGCGGAGACUCCCCGCUGACGGUGCCCAAGAUACCCAAGUUCGUGGAGGAGAGAGAAUCCUCGUCACUCUUGGGGGUGUGGCGUCACGCGAUCAAGCACCAGGACCCGUUGGCUACGCUGAAGGACGAGAGAGUCCCGAAGACCAUCCUCUCCCCCAACUCCCUCGAAAUGGCGCGCCUCGUCCCCCAGGAUGCCGCCCUUCACCCUCUCUACGACGAAGGCCCCGAAGCCACCGCCCUCCGCGCCGAGUUCCUCCUCGACUACCUCGUCCUCGACCCCAUCGACAUCCACGACCCGAGGAUGGCCUUUCCCGCGUUCCUCAACGUCACCAAUUUUGGCGGGAAAGAGCUCGCCUUCACGAGGCACAGGGACCGGCGAGUGAGCGUGAACGGCAUCCCAGUAGAGGCCGUAGAAGUGCUGGAGGACGGGACGCUGGUCUACAGCCUCGCCACUUUCCUCUUCGAUCACCGCCAGAGGGUUUUGGAGGCGCUGGAGGAGGCGCUGCAGGAGGCAAGCAAGGAAGGUGGUCGUGAGGGAGAGAUGGCCCUGCAGGACUCUCCUCGCGUGAUCUCGGAGUCAACUGAACCACUCGAGAAAGAGGUGGCCCAGGAAUCGACUCAGAAACAGGAGGAGGCGAGUCAGGCGCAACAGGAAGAGGGUCAGGCGCAACAGGAGAAGAGUCAGUCUCAACAGAAGUCGAGUCAGAUACUACAGGAAGAGGGGACGACUCACCCUCAACAGGAAUCGACUCAACGGACACAACAGGAGUCGACUCACCCUCAACAGGAAUCGACUCAACGGACACAACAGGAGUCGACUCACCCUCAACAGGAAUCGACUCGGCCGCAGCAGGAGACGACGAUGACGACGGCGACCGAGGCACUGCCUGAGACGACUGAGCUGCAGGAAGACCCGAUUCAGACAAGGGUCGAAACACCCCAACACAUCGAGGAGGAAGUGAACGCGUCAUAUACCGAGACCAAGCAACAGCCUUCAAACCCAGAGGAAGAACCAGCUCAGGGUCCUACUCCGGAACCAACUCAGGAACCAGCUGAAGCACCAGCUGAAGCACCAGCUGAAGCACCAGCUGAAGCCCUAGCUGAAACCCCAGCUGAAGCACCAGCUGAAACCCCAGCUGAAGCGCCGACCCAAACACCAACGCAAGAACCGCUCGAGGAAGGCGCAGCUCACCAGCCUCCCCAGGCGUUGCCACCACGAACUCAAGAAGCCCUCCUGACGGUGCCAAGGAUCCCGCUGGAGGUGGACGAAGGAGAGUACUCAUCCCUGCUGAACCUGUGGCGUUUCGCUUUGAGUGAGCAGGGCGAGGAGGCGUCGCUCAGGGAUGGCAGAGAACCGCAAACCGUCCUGUCUCCCGACAUCGUGGUGAUGGCGAACCUCGUGCCACAAGACGCCCCUCACCCCCUCUACGACAGCGCCCCCAGGAACGUCGCCCUCCGCCUCGAGCUCCUCCUUGACUACCUCGUCCUCGAGCGGGUCAGCGCGCGGGACCCGAGGAUGACCCGGCCGCAAGGUCUCACGGUCACCAACCUCGCCGGGAAGGAGGUCACUUUCAGGGUCAGUUCGGAAGGGAACAUGACGGUGAACGGCGUGGCGGUGGAGGCGGCGGAGGAGCUUCAGGAGGGCGCUGCCGUGUUCACGCUGGCCGACGUCCUCUUCAGGCACAGGGAGCUGGUGGAGGAGGCGUUCGUCGAGCUCCUGUUGGAAUCUCCGGGAGAAGCUCUCUUCGAAUAUGGCUUUGACGCGCUUCUCGGUCCGGAGUUGCCCUUAGGAGAGGCCAGGAUCGUCCCCAGCAUACCUCCGGCCGUGGACGAAGGAGAGGCCUCGUCACUCCUCAGCCUGUGGCGCCAUGCACUCUGGCAACAGGAUUCGGAGGCCACGUUAAGGGACGACAGAGUCCCGAAGACGCUGUUGUCCCCCGACUUCCUGGAGGUGGUCAACCUGGUUCCCCAAGACGCCCCUCACCCCCUCUACGACGACGCUCCCGAGAACGCCGCCCUCCGCUCCGAGUUCCUCCUCGACUACCUCGUCCUCGAGCCUGUGAGCGUGCAGGACCCGAGGAUAGCCUCGCCCGAGGGACUCACCGUGACCAACCUCGGCGGGAAGCGACUCACUUUCAAGGCCGAUGUUGAAGGACACUUCACCAUCAACGGCGUGCCCGUGGAGGGCGUGGAGGCCCUGGAGGACGGGACCUUCGUCUACACCGUGGCUGACUUCCUGUUCGAGCACCGGGCGCGGGUGGACGGGGCCUUCCUGCGCCUCGUCAGCCAGCCCGCCCGCUUCGGGCCUCUCGGCCAGCCUCUCGAGACUCCCGCGCCGGUGGACGAAAACACGACGACGGAGGAACCUUAUCCUAAAACGGUGCCAAGGAUCCCCGGCCUCGUGGAUGAACAGGAAGCCUCAUCCCUUCUGAACCUCUGGCGCCAUGCUCUGAGCACGCAGGAUGUUUCGGCCACGCUCAGGGACGAUAGAGUCCCGAAGACGCUGUUGUCCCCCGACUUCCUGGAGGUGGUCAACCUGGUCCCUCAAGACGCCCCUCACCCGCUCUACGACGGCGCCCCCGAGAACGUGGCUCUGCUGAAGGAGAUCCUGCUCGACUACAUGGUGCUCGAUCCUCUCAGCAUCCGGUCGACUCACUCAGGGGGACUCAGGGUUACCAAUUUCGCCGGAAAGGAACUGGUCUUCGCCGUCGACAGUCAGGAUAACCUCGUAGUCAACGGCGUGAAGGUAGAAGCGAUGGAAGUUCUCUCGGAUGGAACUCAGGUCUUCACCCUCACAGGUUUUCUCUUCGACCACCGAGACCGCGUGAACGAAGCUCUCCACAGGCUGAACAAACGGCCCUCUUUGUUCACACCGCCGGGCGAACCUUUGGAUCCCCAGGCCGAAGCUCACCCAUCUCUCAAGACGACUGAACAACUUGAUGCCUUUGUUCCCGCAGCAGCUGCCAUUGCGACAGAAUCAGAUCAGGAACAAAACAGGUUCGAGCCGACGCCGCCAGAAAGCGUCAGAGAGGCGGACCAAACGCGGUCGGAUUCGCUCCAGACAGAAACGCAGACAUUGCCGGAAACAGCGGAGGUUUCGCGAGAGUCAGAACAAGCGCUGGUCGGAGGCGGUCACAACUUGUCCGGAUCCGUGCAAGCACAGCAAGAAGCAACUCAAGCAGAGGUGAUAGCCGUUUCGGAUUCGGACUUGGAACUGCUGGAAUCGUUGCAAGCAGGAGCGGCAUCGGAUCAAGUGGCGUCAGACGUUCAGAUAGUUCCUGGAGUUUAUAGCAUCCAGUCUGACCCUGUUCAGGUGGUGCUGGAAGCGGAGGCCGGGCUGGUGGAUGCUGUUGAAACUGUCCCGGAAGGAGAUCACAUUCCUUCAGAGUCGGUUCAGAUCCAAAUCGUGUCAGAAACGGACGAGACGCCGCUGGAACCUCUCCAGACAGAGCAGGAAGCAGAGCAAGCCCUGUCGGAGCCCGCGCAGGAGCAGGCGGCGCCGGAAACUGUUAAAGAGCCCUCAGAGUCAGUUCAGGAUCUCCCAGAGCUGACCCAAGCGGUGACAGAAACAGACGAAGCGACGCUAAAAGCUCUACAAAUAGAGCUGGAAACAGAACAGCCGCAAGGCCUGUCAGCCGCAGAGCCUAGCCAGAGCCUCCCCGAAAUCCCCAAGAUCGUGGACGAAGGGGAAGCCUCGUCUCUCCUUGACAUCUGGCGCCAUGCGCUCGGGGCUCAGGAUCCGUCGGCUACACUCAGGGAUGGCAGAGAACCAAAGACACUACUGUCUCCCGACUUCCUGGAGGUGGUGAACUUAGUGCCCCAAGACGCCCCUCACCCUCUCUACGACGACGCCCCCGAGAACGUAGCCCUGCGCACGGAGUUCCUGCUCGAUUACAUGGUCCUGGAUCCUAUCGACGUCCAGGACCCGCGGAUAGCUUCAGCCGAGGGACUCCGAGUGACUAACCUGGCUGGGAAAACACUCUCCUUCGCCGUGGACCUGGAAGGAAAUCUGCGCAUUAACGACGUCCCCGUGGAAAUGAUCGAGAUUUUAUCCGACGGGACGCAGGUGUACACCGUGGCUGACUUCCUGUUCGAGCACCGGGCGCGGGUGGACGGGGCCUUCCUGCGCCUCGUCAGCCAGCCCGCCCGCUUCGGGCCUCUCGGCCAGCCUCUCGCAGAUGCCUCGAGCGCCCAACCUGACGCCCUGGCAGAGGUCUGAGCUGACAGACGCUGACAACACGCCGCCUCCAUGACAACCGCUGUCAGAAACACUUUGCUUGAUUCUAGUCACAUUGUACAUCGAUUUUUUUUUAUUGCAUUAAGAGUGAACAUUGCAUUUUCCCUUGAUUUUUUUUUUUCUUGAUCUAUUUUUCUCUUUCUUUCUCUCUCUGGCUCUGUCUCUC